CAGCGGGCAGGCAGGCAGCGGAUGUACCCGGGCUGAAGGAUGCCCAGCACGGUGUCACCAUCAUGAUAAACGCCGCCGGAGCGGUGGUCCGCAGGAUGCCGGCGGCGGCGGCGGCCCGGCGGAGCGGCUGCUGGAUCGCGUGGUGCCAGGCGGUCCUGCUCGGCGUGUCGGCGCUGGUCAUCGUGGCCGAACGGAGCGCUCUCAUCUACUGUAUAGGGUUCUACCUUUGGAAUGAAGAGACACAGUGGGCAGGCCUCACACUCGGCCUCUUUCUACCGGGGACGACGGUUCAACUGCUCAGCGUGAAAUGGUACUACGACGAUGGAGAUGACAGGCGAUGCUACCUCUCUGUCAUACACAUACUCCACCUCGGCAUCUUUAAAAGGCUGUGGGACUGCAUGAGGUCUGUGUUGCAGAUGCAGGGCUCGGUGGCAGAGCUGGGAGCCGCCGUCAUGCAGCAAGCAGAUGUUUCUGCCCUUUGGCUUCUGGAGGCUCUUGUUCUCACUCUGCCCCAGAGCCUGCUGCAGGCUUAUGUCGUGGUGUCCACUGAUGUGGGCAUCAUGUCGCCAGUGGCCUACUGCUGUGGUCUGUGUGUGCUGUCUAUAUCCUGGUCCUUGGUAUUGUACAGCCGAGCCUGCUGUCUGAUACGGCCGGGUCACCUGGCCAUGCCUCCAGCGGCCUUGCUCUGCCAGCUGGUGUGGAGGGCAGGCAUGUUGGGUGCCAGGGUGACAUGUCUUAUGUUCUUUGCCAGGGUGUUUAACUGGUGGGUUUGUGGAGUAGCAGGUUUUCACUGGCUCACGGCCUCUUUCUGGCUGGUGUCUCAGCAACCGGACAUAUGCACCGGUCCGUGGUGCUGGCGCGCCUUUAAUGGCAUCAUGGGCCUCGUCCAUGUCUUCCUCUUCCUCAACGUCAAAGACGGACCUUCACGCUUCCGCAUGGCCAGUUUCUAUGCCUUCAUGUUCAUAGAGAAUGCCACUCUGCUGCUGGCCGCGUCCGACUUCCUUACUGAAGCAUCAUGGGACAACAUGACCCUUCCCACCUCUGUGCUGUGUAGCUUUGUCCUCGGUGCGAUCUCUCUUGUCCUGUACUAUCGGUUCCUUCAUCCCAAGUCGACAGAGAUCUCCCAGGGCAUGAAUCGCAAUCACAUGGGCAGCACAUGCAUCGAGCAAGGGGAGUCCUCCUUCUCCCUUGGCGACAAAAGUCUGCCAGCCCCCUCCAUUCAAAACCACGGCAGCUUCUCCCUCUCGGGUGUCGCUGGUUCACUGCUGGAGCACCCGGGGAACUGCGGGGUCCGGCCGAACAGUGCCUGCCCCUGCUACCAUCAUCACUGGCUUUUGAUCCGCCUCGCCCUCAAAACAGGUGACCUUGGUAAAAUUAACAGGGCAUAUGGAGCUGGAGGUGCAGCAGCCAUACUGGACAUGGAGGAGUACAACCAAGAGUAUAAAAGUAAUGAGGGCAUGACCAUUACAGCUGGAGGCAGCUGUGAAGGUCUUUCCACCUCUGAGUCCCAGGGGAAGGGCCUGGCACCCCUCUCAGACUGCAAAGAUGAGUUCCAGAGCGUAAGCGAACCCACAUCGACUGAACAGCCCGAGGAGGAUGACAGUCUGGAGAUGGAGAGCCCCAUGGAGUCACCCGCAUCAGAUUUCAAGCGCAGUUCACCCGAAGGAAAGUCUGUGUUCGGCGACAGCCCGGAGCCGUACUUUUGCCCUACAGAAUCAAGUUCAACUUUGUACUUCAGCGCCGAUCCUCAGUCUCCCAGCAGCGCCAGCAACCCUCGGUUGGACCGAGACACCGGGGGGCUGGAAGAGGGGGUUUGCCUGAACUCAGUGCCGAGCGACCCUGCCCUCCACAGAGAUGUUCGUGGACUCAUGGGACGGGUCGGCCCGCGCUGCACUUCCACUCCCAAACUGGACUCUGGAGUGUUGGACUCUCCUUCCAGUGUCCCUCAUCUCACGGGUCCCAGGAGGCAGCUCAUAAUGUCCCGGAGAGAUGAGGACGACAGUUUCUAGCUGCCUCGUGACAGAGCCAGGGAGCAAGUAACAGCAGCUUCUCCCUCACUGAGAGAGUACACCAGCUUUUCAGGAGACAGAUUAUUUAUCUUCUCAUUGACAUUGAGAAUAUAUAAAAUAUUCACAUUUCUUUGUUUCUAUACAUGAAGCACACUGUGUGUAUGCAAUUUUUGGGAAUAAGCAUAACUGUGACUCUUCUCGAGCUAGAACUUUUCUCAAGGCAUUGCUUUCCCAAAUGCUGAACAGCCUGAGGUCACUCCAGUAGAACUGCCAUUGAACAUCAAGAAAACAUAACAGAAGAACUCAGUAGUCACAGCUUUGGGGUAUUUAGCUCGGGCAAAUCAUCUCCCUGGCAUUCAACUCGACAAACAUAUUUGUUUGGCAGCAAAGAGCUUAAGCCUCCAAGAUUAUAAAGUGCAACAAAACUCCGGUUCUACCAGACUGUAAUCACAACAAGACGGUGAUCAAUAGGUUGAUGAUCGUCUGUAAAAACACACAGCUGCGUCAUGGAGUGAAACGGCUGACGCUAAACACUAAUACUGCUGUCGUUCAUAUAAACAGUCAGCAUCAGCUUUUACACUAGAGAAGUUAUUUCCAGAUCUAAGUGUCUGACCUCUGAAUCUUAACCAUCUCAGUAUAAGCCACAGCUAUUUUGGCAUCUUAAAGCACAAGUAUCUUCUGUAUCAUAUGACUAUUGCUGUGAUGCUGUGAUUUUA